GUUUAAUACAAACCAAAUAAUAUGAUACCUACAAACCUUUGUUUAAUUCAAAGAGUUUAAUAAUAUAUAUGGUUUAAUUAUUUACCUCAUCAAGAAAUAAGUCUUGGAAACAACGUUAUGUGAAUUAUUCAUAACAAUACAAUUUAUUUCAUAAUAUGUUUCAUAAAGAUUACAGUAACUUUGUCCGACCAACAAAUGACAGUGAAAUUAACAAACCCACUGUAAACUUUCCAUUUCUAUCUGGUGAACAAGCCAAAAAACUUUAUCUGGAAGAAGUUCAGAAUUCGGCGAGCCACAGUGUCUUUUCUACUACAAAUACUAGUUAUAUAAGGGAUAAAGGAAGCUGUAAUCGCAAGAGGAAAAAUUCCGUUAAACUCACAGACAGGGAGUUGUUUCAAUGUGUUCAAAACAAUGAUGUUGAGUUGAUAAGUGUCGCGUUAGAUACAUCUCCAGAAAAGAUUAACAUUGUUGAUGAAUUUGGGUGGAACUUGCUUAUGAUAGCAUGUCAAGCAAAUUCGAUAGAAACUGUUAAAGAAUUAUUAAAGCGCGGAAUUGACACUUCAGUUAGAGAUAAAUCUGGGAAUUCUGCACAGAGUUUAGUUAUAAAAAAUAAAAAUUACACUCUAGCUGAUAUAUUACUAAGUCACAAAUCAAAUGAAGAUGAGAAUGAAUGUAAAACCUCUAAACAAAUUAAGGUCAAGCUAAAAGAGGAAUAUAAAUGUGAGAUUUGCAAUAAUACAACUUUUCCUGAUAAACAAGAGCAUCUAUCAUCCACUGUUCACAAUAUAAAUGCCAGUAAAGGGAAGAAAUUGCCUGCAAACUAUGUGAUACCUCAAUCUAACAAAGGUUACCAAAUAAUGGUAAAAGGAGGGUGGGAUAAAGAAACAGGCUUAGGUCCAGAUGGUACUGGCACUAAAUAUCCAAUUAAACCUGUGAUGAAAAAAGAUAGAACAGGUCUAGGUCUCAAACCAAAAAAGGAAGGCAAUGUAGUGAAGGAAUCCUCGAAAGUGAUAAAUAGAAAAAUAAUAGCAAGGGAACAAUACAAUAAUAGAAGAAAAGAAAUCAAUUUCAGAAGAGAAUUUUACUAAUUAAGAAUUACCUAGUGAUAUUUUUGAUACUGCUCACAA